CCGAGGAAAGAGAAAGGUUAACUUACGAAAGGAGAGGGACGGCCUUCUGGGUAGGACUACUAAACUGGAGGGGAUCCUGAAGAAGAUAUGGGAAGUAGGAAGGAACGACAUCGAGAUGGACGUACGGGUUAAUGAGGAGGGAUACGAUCCAACACUGAUGGGGGGCAUGGGCGAUGACGAGGAGCAGGAAUUGAGGAUGCUCUUGGAAAACCAGUCUCUCCCCCCUCCACCAGAGGAGGAUGAGGAUGAUGAUCGUGGGGAUCGCAGGAAUGGAUUUAUCUUCAUAGCCUCAGCACACAGGGUUGAAAGGGAGGCUGGGCGCAAUCACGAUCGGGUAUGGGUGAAAGGGGGUUUUAACAACCUCCCACCUAUCAAUGUAAAGGGUUGGAGAUUCUUGGCGGAUCUCUCAAAGAAAGAGCUAGAGGAUUGCCGGAAAAAAGCGCUUGUAGGUACACUUGAUUACGCCGGUACCACCCCGCACUAUGGAGGGAAGCUUGCCUUUCCCACCAUGAGCGUUAUCGACCCCACGAAAUGUGUGCACCCCAACCCGACGGGUGGUGACGGCGGUUCGGGGGGCAAUAACUUCGUUCCUGGGAGCGACGUGCAGAUGGCCGAGCAGCGCAAGAAGUCGAGAGUGUGGCGUCAUGUGACGCAGGGUCAGAGGUUGGGAACAUGGGAGAAGAGGCAUUGGGACUAUAAGCUGCGCUGCAAUUAUUGCAAGCAUGUCUGGCAGGGGAAUUUGUUCAAGGCACAACGCCACUUCACGCAGUUGAAGAGGUGCUCGGCGGCGACGAUGGACGUGUUCGUUGACCUUUGGAACCACACAGAUUACGAGUUCGAGAAGCGACAUCACCGCGGUAUCGUGGCUUACAUGAGGGAGCACAAUGUCGUGGAUAGACGAGCUGUGGACGUCCAGCGAGGCAGUGGCAGGGGGAGGACGGGAGCGUUGCAGUCGCAAGCAAAGGAGCUCGAUCCUGUGGAUGAGGUGGAGAGGUUCCUGGACGAGGAGGCCAGGCGAGCAGAGGCUGCAGAGGGUAGAAAGACAGCUAGAGCAUAGGAUUUAGCGGGGGAGGAGGUGGUCCUGACUGCGCGAGGGAGAAGCGCCGCUCACCAUCAUGAGGGGGACGCAUCAGGCCCAUCGGGGAAGAGGCCGGUGGGCAGUGGAGUUGAGGGCAUGCCGCAGGCGCACAAGA